CCUCUCUAGAUCCACCCCUGCACAUGCCUCAUACGGACUCUUUCAAUCAUUGCUCCUCUCAGCACGUUCACCUCAUCUUCCUCCUUCCUUUGUAAGUUUGAUAGAAUAUCAAAGUUGACUAUGAAUGGAAGGAUGAUUAUUUCAUCCACAUCAAACAAAAUCUAGCUAAUAUCUUCUUAGAUCCAGUAAUUGUUGCCUCAUCAAUCUCGACCAUACCCCAAGCUUAUUGUCAUCAUCUCUACAUUGUGUGGAAUACAAUAGAUAUAAAGUGAACCUACUAGUCUUGCCCAUAUCUUCUUUUCUUCAAAUCCUUUCCUACUGCACCCCUUACUUACUUUUCCAGUUUACCGUAAGUCUGCUCUUUCAUUCUGCUAUCUAACCUUGAUCUACUCAGUUCGUCCUUUGGUGGCAAUUUGAUCAACAGUAACCUCCUUCUAGCUUCUCUAUCCUCCUCCGAGGGCAUGCGCCGUUGAUCCAUCUACAGCGGACUCAAACCAACACUCCUUUGAGAACCUCUCGAUGUUCGUGCGAACAAUGUCUAAACCAUUAGACUCUAUUGCCACAAGACUUCUCUCCUGCUUCAUCGGCCCAAUGUCCCUAGUUACUCUCUUAAUAUAGAGGCUUUAUCUUUAUGCUAGAAUGUUUGCGACUCAUGCAUAUGUUCGAGCUUUCAGCAUUGGGACAUCAAUAAAGGCGUCUCCACAAAUAACAUCCGCUUAACUCUCUGGAAAUCAGGAUCCACAUACCGGGUCAGUGUAUACUAUAUUCUUUGGAGAUUUGCACUCGUCAGAAAUCCAAAAGAUGGCUGAGCGCCUUAUCAAUUAUGUUAUUUCCAAGGGCACUUUUCUUCCAUUGGUAGUUGCACCUACGCUGUAUCAAGCAGGCCUGUGGUCAACGUGGCUAGCUGUUCUUUGCUUUUUAAAGAUGUUUCAAGCUUUAGCUAGGGAUCGACUUGAACGAUUGAAUGCCUCUCCUUCAGCUACUCCCUGGUCAUACUUCCGUGUGUAUUCUGUGUUAUUGCUAGUUCUCUCAGCCAAUUUACUCUGGAUGAGGGUGUGCCUGAUUGUAUCUAGAACAAUAAGUUCAUCCCUGUUUUUGUUAUUGUUCUUUGAGCCUCUUAGCAUAGCAUUUGAGACACUUCAGGCUAUUCUUGUUCAUGGAUUCCAGUUGCUCGACAUAUAUAUCCAUGACUCGGCAAAUGAUAUUUCAAAUAGCAGAAUAUCCAAGCUCUUUGACAUAUCUGCCGCAGGGUCAUUUGGGGAAUGGAAAGGUGUUCUUAUUCGGAAUAUGGGUUUUCUCCUGGACAUGAUGACUCUGUUGAUGGCCCUCGCUCAUUAUGUUCACAUUUGGUGGCUUCAUGGCAUGGCAUUUCACCUUGUGGAUGCAGUUCUUUUCUUAAAUAUCCGUGCUUUAUUGAGUGCUAUUGUAAAACGUGUCAAAGGGUUUAUUAAACUGAGAAUAGCAUUGGGAACUCUUCAUGGUGCACUUCCUGAUGCAACUUUGGAAGAGCUACAAACUUAUGAUGAUGAAUGUGCUAUUUGCAGGGAACCGAUGGCAAAGGCGAAAAAACUAUCUUGUAAUCAUCUUUUCCAUCUUGCAUGCUUGAGAUCUUGGUUGGAUCAAGGUUUAACUGAAAAUUAUUCAUGUCCCACUUGCCGAAAGCCAUUGUUUUUAGGAAGAGGCGAAAAUGAGGUAAAUCCUCAAACCGCAGAUGUUCGUGGUGAUGAGCUGCUUGCUCGUGAGAUGAGUAUGGGACUUGAUCAGUUGAAUCUUCCUGGUCAUGCACUGCAAAACGAAGCUUCCCGCAAUCAAAUGCACAAUCCUCUUGAAAGUAAUGAUUGGAGGGGUUCGGGAGUUGAUUCAGGUUGGUUGGGUUUAGAUGGUGCUGGUCCAUCUACAGGCAUCAGGUCAGCGGGAUUGGGUCGGGUUCAGACAGUGAUGAGGCAUCUUGCAGCUGUUGGAGAAACGUAUGCACAAACUGCUCUGGAAGAUGCUGCCUGGAAUCUUUGGUCUAUGCGUGCCUCCCAGGCUGGUACUUCCAGUUCAGCAAUCCCUCCUGCAGGUUCUGUGAGGCACGUUGGAGGUGCUGGAGGGUUGCACUUGAGGACAACCUCACGUACCGCAAAUAACAACAUUCCAAACAUACAUACAAUGGUUGAAACUGUUAGAGAAGUGCUGCCACACAUACCUGAGGAAAUAAUUUUUGAGGAUUUACAGAGAACGCACUCAGUAACUGUUACUGUGAAUAAUCUUCUGCACAUGUGAUUAUCCAUGCCUUUCUUUGUGAUACUGUUGUGGUAUGUCUUUCACUGAGGCAGAUCAAAAUCGAAGCUUUGGUUGUGUACAGGAGUGAGGUUUCCAAAUAUGCUGUGGUGCCAAGCCUGUUACUGCAUUAUAUCUGAUAUAUAAUAUAUAUAAUUUUAUCACUUUUUUUGUACAUAUAAAUAACUUAGGGAACCUGCUGUUAGAGACAAAUGCUAUAAUAAUUCCUAAUUUUUUUUUUUGCGAAAUAAAAGAGCAUAUUGUUUUGGCACAGA